ACCUUCUGUUAAGUGAUGAACUUAUCACCAAUGGCUUUCAUUCCUGUGAAAGUGAUGAGGAUGACAGGGCUUCGCAUGCCAGCUCUAGUGACUGGACUCCAAGGCCGCGGAUAGGUCCAUAUACUUUUGUUCAGCAACAUCUCAUGAUCGGCACAGAUCCUCGAACAAUUCUUAAAGAUUUACUACCAGAAACAAUUCCUCCACCUGAACUGGAUGACAUGACAUUGUGGCAGAUUGUCAUUAAUAUCCUUUCAGAGCCACCAAAAAGGAAAAAAAGAAAAGAUAUUAAUACAAUUGAAGAUGCCGUGAAAUUACUACAAGAGUGUAAAAAAAUCAUAGUUCUAACAGGAGCUGGGGUCUCUGUCUCGUGUGGAAUACCUGACUUCAGGUCAAGAGAUGGCAUUUAUGCUCGCCUUGCUGUAGACUUCCCAGAUCUUCCAGAUCCUCAGGCGAUGUUUGAUAUUGAAUAUUUCAGAAAAGAUCCAAGACCAUUCUUCAAGUUUGCAAAGGAAAUAUACCCUGGACAGUUCCAACCAUCUCUCUGUCAUCAGUUCAUAGCCUUAUCAGAUAAGGAAGGAAAACUACUUCGCAACUAUACUCAGAAUAUAGAUACCUUGGAGCAAGUUGCAGGAAUUCAAAGGAUAAUUCAAUGUCAUGGUUCCUUUGCAACGGCGUCCUGCCUGAUCUGUAGAUACAAAGUUGACUGUGAAGCUAUACGAGGAGAUGUUUUCAACCAGGUGGUCCCUCGAUGCCCGCGGUGCCCACCAGAUGAGCCACUUGCUAUCAUGAAGCCAGAGAUUGUCUUUUUUGGUGAAAAUUUACCAGAACAGUUUCAUAGAGCCAUGAAAUAUGACAAAGAUGAAGUUGAUCUCCUCAUUGUUAUUGGGUCUUCCCUGAAAGUGAGACCAGUAGCACUGAUUCCAAGUUCCAUACCCCAUGAAGUGCCUCAGAUACUAAUUAAUCGAGAACCUCUGCCUCAUCUGCAUUUUGAUGUAGAGCUUCUUGGAGACUGUGAUGUCAUAAUCAAUGAGCUGUGUCAUAGGUUAGGUGGGGAAUAUGCCAAACUUUGUUGUAACCCUGUAAAGCUUUCAGAAAUUACUGAGAAACCUCCACGAACACAGAAGGAGCUGGUCCAUUUGUCAGAGUUGCCACCAACACCUCUUCAUAUUUCAGAAGACUCCAGUUCCCCAGAAAGAACUUCACCUGGUUCUUCCGUGAUUGUUCCCCUUUUAGACCAAGCAACUAAAAGCAAUGUGGAUGAUUUAGACGUAUCUGACUCAAAAGACUGUGUGGUAGAAAAACCCCAGGAAGUACAGACUUCUAGAAAUGCUGAGAGCAUUGGUGUGGGAAGUCCAGACUGGAAGGAUACUGGUUCCAGUACUGCAGAGAAAAGUGGGAGAGCUUCAGCUGCUGAGACAGUGAGAAGGUGCUGGCCCAACAGGCUUGCAAAGGAGCAGAUUAGUAAGCGGCUUGACGGUAAUCAGUAUUUGUUUUUACCACCGAAUCGCUACAUUUUCCACGGCGCUGAGGUGUAUUCAGACUCUGAAGACGACAUGUUGUCUUCUAGUUCCUGUGGCAGUGACAGUGGCAGCGGCACGUGCCAGAGUCCCAGUUUGGAAGAACCCCUGGAGGAUGAAAGUGAGAUCGAAGAGUUCUACAAUGGCUUGGAAGAUGAUCCUGAUGUUCCAGAGAUUGCUGGAGGAACUGGUUUCAGGGCUGACGGAGGUGAUCAAGAGGCGGCGAAUGGCGCUGUCCCCACGAAACAGGAAAUGACAGACAUGAACUGUCCAUCAAACCAAUUGUAAUGUGAUGUCCAGGUACAAGAACUGUUCCACCAGCAGUAGGAACUUCAGCAUGUCAAGAUGAAUGUUGUGAACUCAAUAUAGAGUAAGGAUACCAGAAAGGUGUGAUAAUUUAUGGACUGGUAAAAUACUUUUUUUUUUUUCAUGGAUAGUUUUUUAACUUCCAUUAUUUCUGUAUUUGUAUACUCAACACUAACUUUUUUUUUCUUAAAGGUACUAAGUAUCUUUAAUCAACUGUUGGUCAAGAUUUCAUUUUCUUUAAAGGUUGACUGUAUCACCCAUAUGUAUAUAUGAUUUUGUUUUUGCUUAGUUUCAACACUUUAAAGUUUUCAAAAAGCCAUUGGAAUGUUAAGUAAAUGUAAAGGGAACAGCUUAUCUAGACCAAAGAACGGUAUUUUCACUUUUCUUUGUUAACUUUGAAUGAUGUCCUCAAAAUCUUUGUUCUGCUGAACUUUCGAUUCUUUAGCACAAUUACCUAUUUUUCAACACUGGCAUUUUCCAAAAAACCUCAUGGCAGCUAACUUUUUCAAAGUCUCAACAGAUGACAUGCAGUGUGAGUAAAGGCAGGCAGUAGCAUGUGGGAGAGCACUCAGUUGUCUUUACUUCUUUAAAGUAAGACUUGGUGCUAGGAGUUCCCAGAUGAAGCUGGUUUUUGUACUUUCUGCAGACAUGGAGUACUUAAUCUCUGUAUCUGCUCAUAAAAGUAACAUAAAAAACGCUUUGGAAAUGUUUCAGUUGCUUCAGAAACACAGUGCCUGCCUGUACCUCCUUAGUUUUGAAAUAUUUGCCAUUGUUUACCUAUCACUGUGGUAGAGCUUGCAUUGAUCCUUUCCCACAAAUGUUGAACUGCCAAGAUGCGAGCAUGCAAAUUCUUUCUGAAUCUGUAAUAAUGGUACUGUCAGUGGGGAGAGUGUAAUAUUUUGGACUGCUGUUCUCCAUUAGUGGAGAGUGACAGGCCCCUGAACAACUCCAAAGUAUAGAGGUGUUAAUUGUUCUUCUGCCAGAAGCCCUUGUCUCCUGGUGGGAGGCUCUGGUGUGGUGAACUGAUAAGUGUUUCAGAGAUGAACUCGAUGUGACCUGUAGCGGCAGAAUAGUUGAUAAACCCAGUUCUCUUACCAUGUACCUUUAUUUAAAAGCUUAGCCUGCCUUAAAACUAACUAGAGAUCUACUUCCUCAACUGCAGAUAUUUCUGGCAUUUCAAAAAAAGUUCAUACUUUAUAAAACUGCACAGUAAACACUUAUUUUCCAAGUUUUUUUCUUUUAACAUUACCUCCCAAAUUUUGAAGUAUUCCUAUGUUGGUUUAGUAUUUAUUACAAUAUAAAGGGUUUGAAAUAUAGCUGUUCUUUAUGCAUAAAAUAUCCAGCUAGACCAUUACUGCCAGCAAAGAAAUUGUUUUAAAUGGCCAUUUCUCUACAUAAAAGAUGUCUCAAUUUGCAUUUGGGUACAAUAAAGAAUGCAACAUAUUUAGUUUUC